AUGGAUACCUGGACCUUUCUUGCCUCACCUCACUACCAGGUGACGCAGCCCCACCUGACGCAGUCCCACCUGACGCAGUCCCACCUGACGCAGCUCCACCUGACGCAGUCCCACCUGACGCAGUCCCACCUGACACAGCCCCACCUGACACAGUCCCACCUGACACAGCCCCACCUGACGCAGUCCCACCUGACGCAGCCCCACCUGACGCAGUUUUACCUGACACAGCCCCACCUGACGCAGUCCCACCUGACACAGCCCCACCUGACGCAGUCCCACCUGACGCAGUUUUAUCCGACGCAGUCCCACCUGACACAGUCCCACCUGACACAGCCCCACCUGACACAGCCCCACCUGACACAGCCCCACCUGACACAGCCCCACCUGACACAGCCCCACCUGACGCAGCUCCACCUGACGCAGUUUUAUCCGACGCAGCCCCACCUGACACACCCCCACCUGACGCAGCUCCACCUGACGCAGUUUUAUCCGACGCAGCACCACCUGAAGCAGUCCCACCUGACGCAACCCCACCUGACGAAGUCCCACCUGACGAAGUCCCACCUGACACAGCCCCACCUGACGCAGUCCCACCUGACGCAGCACCACCUGACACAGCCCCACCUGACACAGUCCCACCUGACGCAGCACCACCUGACACAGCCCCACAUGACACAGCCCCACAUGACACAGCCCCACCUGACACACCCCCACCUGACGCAGCUCCACCUGACACAGCCCCACCUGACACCCCCACCUGACGCAGCUCCACCUGACGCAGUUUUAUCCGAUGCAGCCCCACCUGACGCAGCUCCACCUGACGCAGUCCCACCUGACACAGCCCCACCUGACACAGUCCCACCUGACACAGUCCCACGUGACACAGUCCCACGUGACACAGCCCCACCUGACACAGUCCCACCUGACGCAGCACCACCUGACACAGCCCCACCUGACACAGUCCCACCUGACGCAGCACCACCUGACACAGCCCCACAUGACACAGUCCCACCUGACGCAGCACCACCUGACACAGCCCCACAUGACACAGUCCCACCUGACGCAGCACCACCUGACACAGCCCCACCUGACACAGUCCCACCUGACGCAGCACCACCUGACACAGCCCCACAUGACACAGUCCCACCUGACGCAGCACCACCUGACACAGCCCCACAUGACACAGUCCCACCUGACGCAGCACCACCUGACACAGCCCCACAUGACACAGUCCCACCUGACGCAGCACCACCUGACACAGCCCCACCUGACACAGCCCCACCUGACGCAGCUCCACCUGACACAGCCCCACAUGACACAGUCCCACCUGACGCAGCACCACCUGACACAGCCCCACAUGACACAGUCCCACCUGACACAGCCCCACAUGACACAGUCCCACCUGACGCAGCACCACCUGACACAGCCCCACAUGACACAGUCCCACCUGACGCAGCACCACCUGACACAGCCCCACAUGACACAGUCCCACCUGACGCAGCACCACCUGACACAGCCCCACAUGACACAGUCCCACCUGACGCAGCACCACCUGACACAGCCCCACAUGACACAGUCCCACCUGACGCAGCACCACCUGAUGCAGCACCACCUGACACAGCCCCACCUGACACAGCCCCACCUGAUACAGCCCCGCCUGACACAGCCCCACCUGACACACCCCUACAGUACUGCUAG